GUGACUCUCAUUUCUCUCUGAUCCUUAGCCGCUCCGAAGAAAAUCAUACUAAUUCUUUGCAAACCCAGAGAUCAAAAACCUUAAUUUUUACAGAAUUUUACGUCGUUCCUCAUUUUCUUGAAAGGAGAAAUAGUAGAAUGGCUUUGGCUUUUAGUUCUUCACCUGCCAUUCAUGGUUCUUUAUCUUCUUCCCAUGAGCAAAGUAAAGUGGGCUCGCAGUUUGGUUCUUUUCAGCAUUUGGAUCGGCCGCAUAUUUUAUCAGCUUCGCUGAAUGUUUCCAGGAGGCGGUCGGCGGCGGUUAAGCCGUUGAAUGCGGCUGAGCCGAAAAGAAAUAAGUCCAUUGUUCCAUCCGCAGCAACCAUUGUUGCGCCAGAGGUCGGGGACAAAGUUGAGGAAGAGGAUUACGAGAAAUUGGCCAAGGAGCUUGAAAAUGCAUCACCACUUGAGAUUAUGGACAAAGCCCUGGCUAAGUUUGGAAAUGAUAUUGCUAUAGCUUUCAGUGGUGCAGAAGACGUGGCUUUGAUUGAGUAUGCACGAUUGACUGGUAGACCAUUCAGAGUAUUUAGUUUGGACACUGGGAGGUUGAAUCCCGAGACAUAUAAAUUUUUUGAUACGGUUGAGAGGCACUAUGGGAUUCACAUUGAGUACAUGUUUCCUGAUGCUGUUGAAGUUCAGGCUUUAGUUAGGAGCAAGGGGCUUUUCUCUUUCUAUGAAGAUGGUCACCAAGAGUGCUGCCGCGUGAGAAAGGUCAGGCCCCUGAGGAGAGCCCUCAAGGGAUUGCGUGCCUGGAUCACUGGUCAGCGUAAAGAUCAGUCCCCGGGUACUCGAUCUGAGGUCCCUGUUGUUCAGGUGGAUCCUGCUUUUGAGGGCCUGGAUGGUGGAUUAGGCAGUUUAGUUAAGUGGAACCCUGUGGCAAAUGUUGAUGGCAAGGAUAUUUGGAAUUUCCUGCGGGCCAUGAAUGUGCCUGUCAACCUUUUGCACUCACAAGGUUACGUCUCAAUUGGAUGUGAGCCGUGCACAAGGCCUGUCCUGCCUGGGCAACACGAGAGAGAAGGAAGGUGGUGGUGGGAAGAUGCCAAGGCUAAAGAAUGCGGUCUACACAAGGGCAACCUGAAGCAGGAUACUCUGAAUGGCAAUGGAAAUGGGGCUGUCCAUGCAAAUGGAAGCACAACUGUUGCUGAUAUUUUUGAUACGAAGAAUAUUGUGAGCUUGAGCAGGCCUGGGAUUGAGAAUUUGCUAAAGUUGGACGAUAGAAGAGAGCCUUGGCUUGUUGUGCUUUAUGCACCUUGGUGCCAGUUUUGCCAGGCAAUGGAAGGAUCAUAUGUCGAGUUGGCCGAGAAGUUGGCCGGUUCUGGUGUGAAGGUUGCAAAGUUCAGAGCAGAUGGUGACCAAAAAACAUUUGCACAGAAAGAAUUGCAACUUGGCAGCUUCCCAACUAUUCUCUUUUUCCCCAAGAACUCCACUCGGCCCAUAAAGUAUCCAACCGAGAAUAGAGAUGUUGAUUCUCUGAUGGCCUUCGUGAAUGCACUCCGGUAAUGGCAUUUAGAAUGUCAAACUGAUUGAGAAGCUUAUUAGGUUUACAUUCCUCAUCUCCUAGCUCAACCAAUUCAAGUUGGAAGAAAGGAAUAGGACUCUGGUGUUGCUUGAGGGUGGUACACGUUGGAUGAUGGCAGACUAGAAGUUUUGGAGAAGUUCACGUUCGCAGUUGCCUUUAGUUUUUGUCUGAGUGUCUUAUUGUAUAUUGUUCAUACGUAGAUUUUAGUCCCUUCUGUUUUUGGACUUUCCAUGUUCCUUUUAAGGCCUGUUGGAGCUAUUAUGGACAAUAUGUUCCAUACGUGGUUCAUUGCAGCUGGCCUUAUGGAUAUGGAAUUAUUAUGUCUGAAUCCUGAGUUUCUCCAUUUCUCUGCUCGCUUGAUUUUCGAUA